CUGAUCUGCUGCUGCAAGCCGGCUUUGCUGCCCGUUAUCCCAGCAUCAGGACCGCCCGCCAGCAUCCUUCAUCUUCCCCUGCAUCCCUCAUCACUGGUCCUUCCUCCUGCGCCGCCGGCUGAGAUCGGAUGGAUGGCUACUCGAUACUUCCUGGGAGGGACGAUGAAGCAAAUUUGCUUCUGCGCUGCCUCUUCCUUCGCGAGCCAGGACUGGAGCAAAAAUGACGAGAAGCUCCUGCAGGCGGUGGAAUACAAUGACGCCGACCGUGUCUCCUCGCUCCUCGUCCGAAAGGGCCUCGUUCCCACGAAGCUGGACUCAGAAGGGAAAUCGGCGUUCCACCUGGCUGCGACAAAAGGGAACACAGAUUGCCUGGAAGUCAUGCUGGCCCACGGAGCGGACGCCAUGACGACCGACGGUUCAGGCUACGCAGCAUUGCACCUGUCGGCUAAGCACGGACACCCGCAGUGCGUGAGCAAGCUGUUGCAGGCAUCCUGUCCUGUGGACGUAGCCGACAGCCAUGGACGGACAGCUCUCCACCAUGCAGCUGUCAACGGAUGCAUAUCUUGUCUUGAAAUCCUUUGCGACUUUAAGGCUCCCUUGAACACCAAGGACAAGGAUGGCGCGACCCCUCUCAUGCUCGCGGCGAAGAUGAGCCACUCGGAGCUGUGCCGAUACCUGCUCCACCGGGGAGCCGCCGUCAACGCCAGAGACCAGCGUGGACGAACAGCCCUGAUGGUGGCUUGCGAGAACAGCAGCGUGGAGACGGUGGAAGUCCUGGUCCAUGGCGGAGCGCGGGUCGGCCUUGUUGACGCCAUGGGUCACGACGCGGCCCAUUAUGGCGCGGCCGUGGGCAACGCCCUCAUCCAGCACUACCUGCAAGAAGCUGCCCAGCGCCAUUCCUGGGCUAGCGAAGAGGAAUCGACCGAAGCAUCCUCACAGACAUCCUCUCCGCGCCACUCUCUGACCAAAGGGAAGAACAGCAGCCCAAGAAAGAGGAAAGCCCCGCCUCCCCCAGGAAGUGCCCCCAGCCAGGACCCCCAACCGCUGGACCACAACCUGGUUUCUGCCGAACGGGGCAACCGAGUCAUCACCGCCAAGCCAGCCCGCACCCACCACAAUGACCCUCCCGUUCCGGCUGCGACGGAGGACCAGGAGGCCUACGAGGAAAUCGUGCGGCUGCGUCAGGAGAGAGCUCAGCUCCUGCAAAAGAUCCGAAGCCUGGAGCAGCGGCAAGAGACGUUGAAGCAGAAACGACCGGACGAUGGGUCUUUGCAUACUUUGCAGAAGCAGGUGGAAGAACUUCAGAAGCAGCUGGAGGAGAAAGUUGGGGAAAAGGAGAACCUUGGGAGAGAGUUGGCGGCUUUGCGGAGCCGUCUGUCAUCUGUGGAGAACGAGAAGGAAAACACCAGCUAUGACAUUGAAACCCUGCAAGAUGAAGAGGGAGACCUCCUCGAAUUCCCAGGGGCAGAGCUUCUGCUCUCCAAAAAGAGUUUGAGCGUCUCCACUGAGGAACUCCUGGCGACCUUGCAAGGACAGGUUGAUUCCCUGACCCAGAAGAACAAGGAGCUGAUGGAAAAGAUACAGGUCCUGGAGAAUUACGAGAAGGACGAGAGCGACGCCGACAUCUCGGCGGACUUCAUCCCCAUCAUCCUGUACGACUCGCUCCGCUCUGAGUUUGACCGCUUGAAGGAGCAACACGCAGAAGCCCAGGAGGCCCUGAAGUCCGUCGACGGAGCUGGCGAGUCGUCCUGCAAGCUCAUCCCUGCGGAGGCGUACGAGCAACUGAAGGCUGACCACGAGAAGCAAAUCCGGGCCCUCAAACUGGCUUUGGAGAAGAGCAGCUUCCCGGCCCUCCGGGGUGGCGGUGGGCCGGCGGCGGAGGGGAGCUCUGGUUUGGGGACGGAAGGAGAUGCAAGCCAAGCAGAGGCAGGAGCCAGGAAGGAGGAGAUGGAGGAGCUGGCCAAGGAGCUCAGUGCCACCCGGGAAAAGUACCAGGCGGCCCUAGCAGAAGUGAAGCUCCUCCAGGAACAGAUGGAGUUGGGCAUCUUGUCUGUGGAGGAGAAGGAGCUGUUGGAGAACUCCAGGACCGAGUUGGAGACGAUGAAGACCGCCUUGCAGCAGGCUCGGAUGGACCUCGAGGAACGAGAUCGGAAGGUGAAGGAUCUGGAGGGACGUCUCAGGGCUCAGGAGGAAGCAGCUGGCCCGGAGACGAUGAAGUCCGCCUUGCACCAGGCUCGGAUGGACCUCGAGGAGCGAGAUCGGAAGGUGAAGGACCUGGAGGGACGUCUCAGGGCUCAGGAGAAAGCAGUCGUGGAGGAGGACAAGGAGAUGAAGGUCUCCUUAGAUGAGGUCUCCAGGGAGAAGGAGGUCCUGCAGGCGAGGUGCGCUUCCAUGGAGGCCGAGGUGAGGGAGCUGAAGGAGAAGACCCGGCAGCUGGAAGAGCAUGGGAGUCGGACCUUGAGGGAGGAGGCCGGCAAACUGCGGAGCCAGCUGGACGCCCUUGAGGGGCAGCGCCAGGCGGCCGAGUCUGAGGCGGAUCAGCUCCGGAAAGGCCGCGAGGCUCUGGCGGAGGAGCUGAGGUCUGCCAAGGAGGAGCUGGCAUCUCGACGGGAGCAGGAGGACGCGGCAGGCAAGCUGAGGACCUCCCUCUCCGAGGCGGAGAAGAGCCUAUCGGAGCUGAAGGAGCGCCACGAGGGCACCUUGAAGGAGUUGGCGGAAGCGCGGGAGGCGGCGGAGACCUGUCGGCGUGGGUCGGUGCCCCUCACAGAGCACGCCCGGGCCAAGGAGGCGCUGGAGGGCACCCUGUGGGAGCUGAAGGCCAAGUCGAAGCUUCUGGAGCAAGAGCUGAAGGCCAAGGACCAGGAGAUCGUGGGCCUCAAGGAGGAGCUGGAGGUGGUUCUGAAGGGAGCCGUCUCGAAGGAGGCGCACGAGGAGCUCCGCGCCCGGCUUCAGGGAGAGGCGGACGCCCUGAGCGCCAAGCUGGCCGAUUUGGGGCGCAAGCACGAGCGGACCUGCACCGAGGUCUUCCAGGUCCAGCGAGAGGCCCUCUUCAUGAAAAGCGAGAAGCACGCGGCCGAGGCCCAGCUGGCGGCCGCCGAGAAGCAGCUGCAAGGCUUGCGGGCCGAGUCGGAGCGGAUCCGGGAGCUGCACAGCCACAUCGAGGACUCGGCCAAGCUGGUCAAGGAAAAGGACCACAAAAUCACAGAGCUUUCCAAAGAAGUCUUCAAACUCAAGGAAGCCCUGAACGACCUCUCGGAGCUGUCGGGCGAGGCUUCGGCCAAAGCCACCUCGCCAAAGGUGGAGUCGCGGCAGGAGGUUGCUACUCUCCAGGGCCGAAUCCGAGAUCUGGAGCAGCAGUUGGCUGAGGCUGAGCGACGGCAUGGCAAUAUCGUUUCUUUGUACAGGGGACACCUUCUCUAUGCCAUCCAGGGACACAUGGAUGAAGACAUUCAGAGAAUCCUCUUCCAGAUUCUGAAGAUGCAAAGACUCCAGGAACAAGGCAGAUGAGAUUCGGGAAAAGAGGACCACCGGUUUCAAACCGGGGGGGCUUUUCCAUAUUGGAGAACUGCUAUCUAGAGAACUCCCUUCCCCUCACGCCAGCCAGCCAGCCCUGCAGUGCGGCACCGAUCCUGCCCACUCCCUUCCCCUGGAACGCAAGCCGCCUGCCUCGCCUGCUCAAGAGUCUUCCUGAACCCCUAUCCUCACGGACUUUGCCUUUUCUGUCCUCGGGGGGCGCCUGCGAGGAAGACUUUGCCCCCCCAUCACUACCUUCAAAGGGUUUAAAUGGGUCAUUCCAGCAGGCAGAAAUCCACUGCCCUCCAUCACUGCACCUCCCUUCUGCGCAAAGCCGCACCUGUGGAACAUCCGCCUGCCGCAACACUGUGAUAGUCCAUGCUGAAGAUGGGAAAGGUCCUUGCGGGGUUGGGCGGAGGCCGUUUCUCGCCGGGAGCAGCGCGGCAUAGCGGUUAGAGCUUCUGGGCGACGAAAAUUGGGAUCAAAUAAGCCUUUCACUCGCAAAGCUCACCGGGGCAGUCUCUCUCUCUCUCUCUCUCUCUCUCUC